UCUGUCCAAAUAUCUCUGGGUUGAGUGGGUUGUAUGUGCUCACAUAUGGAAUAAUAUCGGACGUUUGUCUUUUACUUGUAUUGGAUAUAAUAUCACCACUGUUUAAUUCCUUUGCUCUUUUGGAUACCAGCCGUGAUUAAGUCCUUUUAUCAAUAAACUUCAAACAUACAAUGUCGGGACAGCUCGCUGUUUUCCAACUUUGUUCUUAUAAAAUGUACGUUUAAUUUACUUCCGUAUAUUUAGUUUCGGGAUAAGGUUGUCUGUUAAAAUACAUGUAAACAAAAAUCCCUUUAGCAGAUACUGGACUAAUCUAAAAUUUUCAGAUUUCUCGCUAGUAGCGUAUCGCAAUGGGCAUUUAGGACUAAAUUGUUUUUGAAGCUUAAUAUCAUGUAAUACGUGUGUUUUGAAAACGAAAGUUGUAAACGAGAAAAACAUGGAGGAAAGAAGGAAGUUUACUGAAAAUGUGCUCGGUGCCUCUGAUGAAAUUUAUGAUUACAACUGCUCCCCUUGCGAAGAAUCUGGAGUAUAUAAGGAAGCGCAUAAAUACUGUAAUAGUUGUAAGUUGUAUUAUUGUAAGAAAUGUCUCGGUGAUCACAACAAAUUUCCAGCUUUAAGGGGUCACUUGAUAAAAGAGGUGACCUCUCAACCAAAACCUGCUGUUCAAACUGGGGCUCCAUGCGUAUCCGUACCAGCACCACCAAUUGAGCCGUGUGAGAAACAUCCUGAAGAAAUGAUAAAGAUGUAUUGUGGUGAACAUGAUAUUGUCUGCUGCACUGUUUGUAUAGCACUCGAUCACAGAGAGUGCAAAUACGUUCACUACAUUCUAAACCUGACUAAAGAUAUCAGAACAAGUCAAGAAUACAUCGACUACGUUGAAGAGGUGACACAGAUCAAAACCAUGUACGAGGGCACUAAACAGUCCAUCCAAGAUGAAAUAAAAACAAUGAACAAUGUUAAAACUGAAAUUAUCAAUGAAAUAAAAGAGUACAGAAGAGAGUUAGUUUCAAGAAUAGAAGAGCUUGAGAGUAAGUCGAUUGAAACUGUGAAUAAAAGGUAUAAGGAAAUUACAGAAAGAAUGAAUGAUACUGGAAGCCAUGUAGAUAAAUUAUUAAACAAGGUAACACAACUUGUACGAGAGAUCGAUAAUACUAGUGAGGCACAGCUGUUUGUCCAAAUGAAAAAAAUGAGACAAAUGAAAAACGAAAAUGAUAUGAUUGACAAAAAGCUUCAAACGUUUGAAGGACUUAGCUUUACAUUAGACGACAGUAUUAGAAAUGCUCUCGAUGGCGUCGACGGACUUGCUAUCGCAAACGUACCUCUCAAAAUUCUUUCGAAGAAAGAGUAUGAUAUUAUUUUCGAUGAUGACAAAUGCGUCAUGCACGGUGUGUGUGAUAUGUGUAUAUUGGAUGAUGACACAUUGGUUUUGACAUGUCAGAGGUGGAGGACGAAUGAUGUCAGACACACUGUCUUAAAGGAUGUGUAG